AUGCACACUUCAACCUUAACCAAUUGGCAAUAUCGCCAAUCAGGCAAAUCUGAAUGGAAGAACUCCCGCCCGGGUGCAACCACCGAAAUCCACCCCGAUUUAUUAUACAAUAAUGAAAUCUCUGAUCCGUUUAUUGACAUGAAUGAAAAGCAAGUUCAAUGGAUUGGUGAAACCAACUGGGAGUAUCGUACAACAUUCAAAGCAUCUUCUGCUAGUUUCAAAAACAAUGUAUUGGUAUUUGAAGGAUUGGACACUUUUGCCAAGGUUUACCUUAACAACACCCCCAUUUUAACCACCGAGAACAUGUUUCGAGAAUAUCGUGUUGACAUAACCCAAUACCUCAAGCCAGACAACGAAUUAUUGAUUGAAUUUGAAAGUGGAAUUGUCAAAGCCAGACAAUUGGAAAAGGAAGCAGGAUUAGGUAAGCUUGCUAGUUUCAAUGGUGGUUCUGAAAGACUCCAUGCUCGUAAAGCUCAAUACCAUUAUGGUUGGGAUUGGGGGCCAGUUUUGAUUACGUGUGGGCCAUACAAGCCAGUUAAGUUUAUUAGCUAUGACACUUUGAUUAAAGAUGUGUAUGUCAAGGUUGAUGUUGAUAACCUUACUGUUGCCAAGAUAGAUAUUCAGACUGAGCUUGAAACCGAUGCCCCUACAAAACUUGAUUAUAUAAUUUUGGAUCCGGAAGGGGCUGUAAUUGAAGAGUUUACUCAAGACGUUUCUGAAUCAGCCACUGUUUCCAAGAAAGUCACGAUCAACAAUCCCCAGUUGUGGUAUCCAUUUAGCCAUGGUGAGCAACCACUUUACACCGUACAAGUGUCAACCACUUCCCAAACAAUAACUAAACGUAUUGGUAUCCGAAAAGUUGAACUUAUUCAAGAACUGUUGAUUGAUCAGUCUGGUAGUAGUUUCUACUUCAAAAUCAACAAUGUUCCAGUCUACUCUACUGGUUCCAAUUGGAUUCCUGCCCAUUCCUUCCAAACGUCAUUAACUGCAAAGGACUAUAGUGAAUGGUUACAACUCGCAGUCAAUGGUCAUCAAAACAUGAUUAGAAUCUGGGGUGGUGGAUACUACGAACAAGACAUUUUCUACGAGGAAUGUGAUAGAUUGGGUAUCAUGGUCUGGCAAGAUUUCAUGUUUGCCUGUGGUCAAUACCCUGGUGAUGCCAAGUUCAUAGCCAACGUUGCUGCAGAAGCAGAGCAUCAAUUGAAGAGAUUAAGAAACCAUUGUUGUUUGACUAUUUAUGCUGGUAAUAAUGAAGAUUAUCAAGUUGCCGAGCAAUGUGGAUUGGAAUGGGAUCCACUGGACUUGUCAGGGGAUUAUUCACACACUACAUUCCCUGCAAGAACAAUUUAUGAAAAUACUUUGCCCAAAUUGGUACAAAAGCUACAAUCUGAUGUUCCUUAUCAUCCAGGUUCCCCCUGGGGUGGUGAUGGGACUGCUGAUCCUACAAUUGGGGAUAUGCAUCAAUGGAAUGUGUGGCAUGGUAGUCAAGAAAAGUACCAGAAUUGGUAUAAACUUGGAGGUAGGUUUGUUUCAGAAUUUGGAAUGGAAGCAUUGCCCAACAGAAAGACCUACGAGCAAUGCAUUACCGAUUCUACUGAGCUUUAUCCACAAAGUGAAACCGUAGACCAUCAUAACAAGGCCGAUGGAUUUGAACGUCGUCUUGCUUUGUACGUCAUUGAAAAUAUCAAGGUUCAAGGUCUUGAUUUCGAUUCUUGGAUUUAUGCUACUCAAUUAAUGCAAGCAGAAUGCUUGGGGUAUGCUUAUAGAUGUUGGAGACGUGAAUGGAGGGGUGAUGGCAAGAGAUACAAUGGUGGUACUAUUGUGUGGCAGAUUAAUGAUUGUUGGCCUGUGGCUUCUUGGUCUCUUGUCGAUUUCUAUAGACGCCCUAAAUUAGCUUACUAUUCCGUUAAACGUGAAAGUAAACCUGUCGGUGUGGGGAUUUAUAGAUACGAGAAACGAGAUGGAGAGAUUGUCGAAGAUGCCAAGUUUGGUGCAGCUUUUGAUUAUAGACCAAAGACAUUUUCUGUGGACAUUUGGGGUGUUAAUGCUAAUACUGAAGACCUCCCAGCUACUCUCAAAGUUGACAUUUAUGAAGUUGCAACUGGAGAAAAGUUGAAAUCGUUACCUGACCAGGAAGUAGUUCUUACUGGUAAUCUGACUACUGAAGUUAUCAAGGAUUUAGAUAUUCCAAGUGAUAAACAUGUUGUUGUUCAUGGAUAUUUUGUGUCGAAAGGAGAAGUCAUCGCCAGUGCUGGUGAUUGGCCGCAACCAUUAAAGUAUUUGAAAUUCAAUGAUAGAAAAGUUGAUUUUAAAGUUGAGGAUGGGUCUGUCAGUUUGAGUUCAGACAAACCAAUUAAAGGUGUUGAAAUUCUUGUUGAUCGAGAUGUGUUUUUGCAAGAUAAUGGGUUUGAUUUGUUUCCAGGACAAGUACAUAAAGUUGAAGCUCCACAGCUUAAGAAGAGUGAUAAGGUUGGCGUUAGAUACUAUAAAUAG